AUGGUGCUGCUGGGAGACACAGUGCCCGAGUUCAAAGCUGACAGCACUAUCGGUCCCAUCGACUCCUUCCACAAAUUCUGCGAGGGCAAGUGGACCAUGCUCUUCUCCCACCCAUCCGACUUCACGCCGGUGUGCACUAGCGAGCUGGGCGCGGCGGCCAAGCUGCAGGGCGAGUUCAGCAAGCGCGGCAUCCAGCUGGUGGCCCUGUCCUGCAACGACCUCGACAGCCACAAGCAGUGGGUCAAGGACAUUGAGGGCUCCAUGAGCGACGGCAGGAGGAUUGAGUACCCCAUCAUCGCCGACCCAGACCGCAGCAUCGCCAAGCAGUGGGGCAUGCUGGAUCCUGAUGAGAAGCACCCUGCUGGCAGCUCCUUUGCGGCGCGCUGCGUGUUCAUUGUGGGGCCCGACAAGACCCUCAAGCUCUCCAUCCUUAUGCUGCGCCCUCUGCUGCGCGUCAUCGAAUCGCUGCAGCUGGCGGCCAAGUAUCCGGUGGCCACGCCCGCAGACUGGCGGCAGGGCCAGGAGGUCAUGAUCUCGCCCCGCAUCAGCAACGAGGAGGCAAACAAGUUGUUCCCCAAGGGCUACCGCACCAUCCAGGUGAAGAGCGGCAAGGCCUACAUCCGCAAGACGCCCGUGCCAGACGAUGAGUCCCCCGCCCCCAAGGGUGGCGAUGCCACCUGCGGCGCCUGA